ACAGCUCAACAAACGCUCAAUCGAACGAACUUUGACCAGGAAAUUCUCUAGGGAAAAAUCAGAAUUAAAAUUCAUCUCAUUCGUUGCUUGUUUGUUUUUUCUUCUCAUCUCUCUCUCCUUUGACAGUAACCUCCAUCUACAAGCCUCUACCAAUCCAAUAAGUUGAUACGGGUACCUCCUCCUUCAUCUUCUCCCUCGCUCCUCCGCCUCGGAUUUUCGUCGGAGAAGGAGCAUCUCGUUUGAAAGCGGGAACUACGGCACCGUGAAUGUUGCCAUCCAAUUAUCAAGAUAGUAGCCACAGCAAUAGCAAUACUCCGCUCUUCUCGAAUAGUGGUAUCAGCAUUACCGGGCGUCGCGAUAGUGCCAGUUUGCCUUCCAAUCAUCUGCUCCAGCAACAGCAGCAACAGCAUCAGUUACAACAGGCAGGCAUGGUCAACAUGUUCCCCACCGCUGGGCACCAAAUGGACCUUAAUCAUCUCUGGCAGCAGGUUCAGGAGCUUAGCGCGAUCCUGGCGCAGAACAGGGAGAGCACAGCUGGGUUAGUCAGAAGGGCUGAUGAGAUUCGAAGUCGAACAAACUCAGGGGAGGCACUACCGCAUAUACGAGAGUCCAACGGUGAAGCAAAUGGCACCCACGAUGUCGAUUUUGAAGCAGAAAACCGUGCGCUGCGUCAGGAAAACCACAAUCUCCAAACAGAAAACGAGGAUCUUUCACUGCUGGUCCAGGACUAUGAGGCGGUACUGGACAAGGUUUUAGAGGGUCUGAGAAUCUACGCUCACGAGCACACUGUUUCCACAAUCAAUAUCCAUCAAACGUAUACGAACCAGCUCGCAAGUGAACGACAAGCGAACGCGGUCCUACGUCAGAACGAGACCGAGAGCCAGGCGCGAUUAACAAGGAUCAGCAAGAUGCUCAGGGAAGCAUAUGAGCAGGAUACGGCUUUAGAGCCGGAUAUUCUUAUUGAAGGAUUAAAGGUCGAGAACGAGGCCUUGAGAGAGGCGCUUGGCCUACCUAAAGAGGAGGGGGAGGGGGAGAUCAGCCCGGUGUGACCGCGUAACUUAACGCGUUCGCGAAGGAUCGCAGCGGAGGCUAGGGACAAGUGAGCAGAGAUAGAGAAGCGGAAAUAUAGAUUUGUUGAGAACAAGGCAGGGUGGAUGGCGAGGCUCACGCGUCCGUUUCUCUGACUGGAUGGCCAGUAGACAAUGGCCUCUUGCAUAUCUUUUCUUUUUCGGUGGAGCAACUGGGAACCGGAAAUCAAGUCAUGAUAGAAAACAAAAAAUAUGGGGGGUGGGUGGGAAGGAUCAAUACCGUACGGUACUCGAGUAGGUUUUGCGAAUUGGGGGAGACCACCGUAAAGUUAACGAUAAACCUACUUUAUAAACAAAACUAGCUACCGGCACGGUACUGUAAUAAAUAAGUUCAUUCAAACUUA